GGAAGUAGUUUUUUCUUCUUCCGCUCCACAGAUCCUGGUGACGCAGGCUAAAGUUACGUUUUAGUUUUUCAAAGGAAGAAAACAAAAUAUAUUUAUAUAUGUAUUAUAUAUAAAGUUUGUGUAUGCUCCAGAGAACCAUGACGGACAGUUUCGUGAGACCUCAGGUGUUGAUGUUGGUGCUGCUCUUCUGUUGGGGAUCAGUGCACUGCCAUGAUACAGUUAAAGGUGCUACUGGAGAAGACGUCACUCUCCCCUGCAACUUUAAUCAAUCUCUGUCUCAAACGAACAAAGUCUUCUGGAGAGGUGCAAAUGACUCGAUUGUACUGGACAUCAUUGGUGGUAAAGCAAAGCUUGAAAACCAGGAUAAGAAGUACAAAGAUAGAGUGUCCUUCCUCCAAGAUGGUUACAACAAUGGAAAUGUGUCCAUCAUCAUGAAGAACCUGCAGUCUGAUGAUGCUGGCACAUACACRUGCACACUUCUUCCUGAAAGUGAUACUAAGAAGGUCAAUCUCACAGUUACAG